AUGGACAUGGAUAUAAUUAGUUGGAAUUGCAGAGGCAUCUGUAAUGACACCACAACUAGGGCGUUGAAAGAUUUGAUCUCUCAAAAUCGGCCUCAAAUAGUUUUCCUGUGUGAAACCAAGAUCAGCAGACAACGUGAUUUCAAUGCUUUGCAGUUGGCGCUAGGGUUUGCGCAUGCUGAGACUGUCUUGAGUGAUGGUCAGUCUGGAGGAUUGGCUAUUUUCUGGAAUGACGAUGUGAAGAUCCAGAUGGGUACGUACAACUUCUGCACACCACAUGGAUAUGGUGAUAUUGGGCAAUCCGGAACGGUCGAACGUGACAGAUCAUGGAGGCUGCUUAGAGAAUUGUCUGAUCUUGAUUCUCUUCCUUGGGUGGUGAUCGGCGAUUUUAACGAGAUCCUUAAUAAUGGGGAGAAGUUUGAAGGUCCGGCUAGGGCUGAAAGGCAGAUGCGAGGGUUUCGCGAUGCACUAGGUUAUGGAGACUUGUUGGAUCUCGGAUUUCAGGGUACUGCAUCAACGUGGUGGAAUGCAGAUACAAAACUCCGUCUGGAUCGGGCAGUUUGUACCCCCUCUUGGUGUGACAUCUUUGGUUAUGCUAAACUGAUUCCUGGUAUACAGAUGUCACUGGAGCUCCAUUGUUCAGGGUUGCAAAAAAAAAUUGCUCAUACGAGAAUGGAGCUUGAUAAGUGGCAGAAGCGUACCUUUCGGGCUAGGCAGCAAUCUAUGAUUGGUAUUAGAGCACGACUGGAAGAGCUCAUGGAUAUGAAGAUCGAUGAUGCUGUACAGAGAGAAAAAAAGGACUUUAUGCAUCGUCUGCAGACUCUACUUUCUCAAGAGGAGGCUUUCUGGAAGCAAAGGUCUAAAGUGACUUGGUUGAAGGAAGGUGAUCGCAAUACUGGAUUCUUCCAUAGGAAGGCAGCGAAUAGGAAGAGGAAAAACCUAAUUCAAGGCCUGUAUGAUGAGAAUGGGGUCUGGUGUGAGGAUGAUGAUGGGAUGGAAAGGGUUGUGACCUCGUAUUUUUCUAAAAUGUUUGCAGCUUCUGACCUUGAUUUUGAGGCCAUGGAAACAACAAUUGCUGCCAUCCAACCUUGUGUUUCUCAAGAGAUGAAGGAGCAGUUAUGUUUGCCUUAUUCGGCAGAAGAGAUAAAGUGUGCCUUGUUUCAAAUGUAUCCCACAAAAUCACCUGGUCCGGAUGGUAUGCCACCAUUGUUCUUUCAACAUUAUUGGGAGACUAUUGGUGAGGAGGUGACAGAAGCAGUUCAAAGCUUUCUUCAUACUGGUCAGUUUCUUAAGCAGAUUAAUUUUACACAUAUCUGUCUUAUCCCAAAGGUGAAUAACCCGGAACAUAUGUCUGAUCUUCGACCUAUUGCUUUAUGCAAUGUGAUUUAUAAGCUCUGCUCAAAAGCUAUUGCCAAUAGGUUAAAGAUUCUUUUACCUGCUAUCAUAUCACCAUUUCAGAGUGCUUUUGUUCCAGGCCGUUUAAUUACUGACAAUAUCCUUGUUGCUAAUGAAAUGGCUCAUUUGGUGCAUAAUAAGAGAGAAGGAGCUGAACGGCUCAUGGCUUUGAAAUUGGAUCUUAGUAAAGCAUAUGAUAGAAUGGAGUGGGUGUUCCUAAGAAAGGUGAUGAACCGGUUCGGUUUUCCUCAAAGGUGGAUUGAUAUGGUUAUGGCAUGUGUAACUACUGUUAGGUACUCAUUCUUGGUUCGAGGUAAGCCUAGAGGAAUCGUGGUUCCAUCUCUAGGGUUACGACAAGGAGACCCUUUGUCACCUUAUUUAUUUCUUAUUGGAGCUGAAGGUUUUUCAGCUUUGUUACAACAAAAACAACGGGAAGGUAUGCUUAAUGGCAUUCAAGUGUGUGGAGAAGCCCCCCCGGUGAACCAUUUAUUAUUUGCUGAUGAUAGCAUGUUAUAUGCUAAUGCCUCUUUGGAAGAUUGUUAUCAGAUUCAGGAUGUGAUUGAGACUUAUGGUAGGGCUUCAGGUCAGUUGGUUAACUUUGAUAAAAGUUUUGUGGUGUUCAGCAAGAAUGUAUCUGAGGGGAUGCAGGAGGAGGUAUCCAGUCUCUUGGGAGUGGAGAUAGUUGAGUCUCAUGAGAAAUACUUGGGGCUUCCAACCUAUGUAGGCCGGAAAAAAACAGCAACCUUUCAAUAUAUCAAAGAUAAUUUGGCCAAGAAACUAAAGAAUUGGCAAAGCAAAUUAUUGAGUGGAGCUGGGAAGGAUAUUCUAAUUAGGGUGGUUGCUCAAGCUUUACCAACCUAUGCUAUGAGUGUUUUUCAGCUUACUAAAUGUUUCUUUGAGGACUUGGAGCAAAUGUGUGCAAGGUUUUGGUGGGGGAGCACUCUUGAUAAAAGGAAAAUACAUUGGAAGUCAUGGGAUGCUUUAUGUAACCCUAAAGAAGAAGGAGGCUUAGGGUUCCGCAGUCUUACAGAGUUUAAUUCUGCGAUGCUAGAAAAACAAGCUUGGAGGAUCAUUGAUAAUCCUUCAUCUCUUAUUGCUCGGAUUUAUAAAGCUAAGUAUUAUCCUACAGGAACGUUUUGGACAGCUGAGCCACAUGCUACUCCAUCAUAUUCUUGGAGGAGCAUUUUCUCUACUAGGGAUCUGAUCAUUCAAGGUUCUUACUGGCAGAUUGGUAAUGGAGAGCAGGUAAGGGCGUGUUUGGACCCUUGGGUCCCUGGCCUUCCAAAUUACAUUCCGACGGUACUUCCUGGAAGUGUGAGUCUUAAUUUCAAGGUUAGUGAACUUCUAGUUGAUUCUUCUUCUUGGAACGAAGGUUUGAUUCGAAGAAUGUUUUCUCCUGAUGAGGCGGAAGCUAUAUUGAGAAUUCCUCUAAGUGAUAGGGCAGUAACAGACCGGUGUGUCUGGAGGCUGCAAGGUGACGGGUCAUUUUCUGUUAAAACAGCCUAUAGAUACUUAUUUGGGAUUUCUUCAUCUCGAAGGCCUAGUACUGUACCAGUUCAUGGAGAUUUUUGGAAGAAAAUUUGGAAGGGGGUUAUUCCAACUUCUGCUAAAGUGCAUGUGUGGAGGGUGUGCAACGAUAUCCUUCCUUCACUGGAAAGAUUGGUGUCCAAACAUGUGCCAUUGGAGUCUUAUACAUGUGUGCUGUGUGACAGAUGGUUGAAUUUUUGCGGAAAGAAUCUGUCCAAGCAGGCUUUCGAAGAUCUUAUGUAUUUGCUUUGGAGUAUUUGGAAGGAAAGGAACAAUAGAGUUUGGGACCAGAAAACGUCUCAAGCUUGUGAUGUUGCUUUGAGUUCUAGUACUAGACUAGCAGAAUUUCGGGCUAUUAAUAUGCACAUAAGGGGUACCAGGCAGAGAAUAAGAGUGGUGAACUGGAUUCAUCCCCCAAUGGGGGUCCUGAAGGUCAAUAUUGAUGGCUGUUUCAAUCCUGGCACAAGGCUGGGAGGACUAGGAUUUGUAAUACGUGAUUCUGUGGGAACUUGGAUAGCAGGGGGUGCUAGUCCACUUCGGAAUCUUGUCUCAGCAGAGCAUGCAGAGGCUUUGGCAUGUCAAUCUGCUGUAAAUUUUGUUCUGGAGCAUAACAUGAUGCCGGUGAUCAUUGAAACUGAUUCUUUACUUGUGCAGAGACAAGUUGCUAGCUAG